AUGGCGCGCUCUCCCCAACGAGACCUGCCUCCCGCCGCUUGCAUAUUCUCCCGCCCCGCAUGCCUCUCCAAGCGCCUGCUCCCGCGUCAUCCGCCUGCUCCCGCGUCAUCCGCCUGCUCCCGCGUCAUCCGCCUGCUCCCGCGUCAUCCGCCUGUCCGGGGGCCUUCAAUAUUGAACCCUCUUCUCCCCAAAGCCCUUCCUCCCAUGUUCUCUUCCCCACACCCUUCUCCCCCAAACCCUUUUCCCCUUCCCCCAAACCCUCUUCCCCCAAACCCUGCCUUCCGAAACUCUCUGGCGGAGGUUGCAGCACGCAGGUGCAGCAGGGGGGGCAACACGCAAUGCCCUUCCACUCAUCCCUUUCUCCCUCUCCUUACCCCAUCGCCCCUCUACCAGGGACGACGGCACGGCGGAGGUGCAGCUGGGCUGCACGCGGGUCCUGGCGUCCGUGUCAGCCGCCCUCACGCUGCCCUUCCCCUCAUCUCUCUCUCUCCUGCUCUGCUCCUUCCCCCAUCCAUCCCCCAUCGCCCCUCUACCAGGGACGACGGCACGGCAGAGGUACAGCUGGGAAGCACGCGGGUCCUGGCGUCCGUGUCAGCCGCCCUCACGCUGCCCUUCCCCGACCGCCCCAACGAGGGCUCCCUGGCCGUCUUCACAGAGCUCGCCCCCAUGGCUGACCCGCGCUUCGUGCCGGGGCGCCCGGGGGAGGAUGCAAUAGAGCUGGGUCGCAUCAUUGACCGCGGGCUCAGGGAGAGCCAUGCAGUGGACACGGAGUCGCUGUGUGUGGUGGCGGGGAGGGCAGCGUGGGCGCUCAGGCUGGACAUUCGAGUCAUGGACAAUGAUGGCAACCUGGUGGACGCAUGCUGUUUAGCUGCCGUAGCGGCGCUGCUGGCGUUCCGCCGGCCAGAAGUGACAGUGGGGGGGGACGAUGGCAUGCAAGUGGUGGUGCACUCAGUGGAGGAGCGCGACCCCAUACCCCUAACGGUGCACAACCUGCCCCUGGCAGUCACCUUUGCCUUCUUCAACGACGGCAACGACGUGGUCAUGGAUCCGAGUUUCAAGGAGGAGGCAGCACAGGCGGGGCGCUGCACGGUGCUGGUGAAUGCGGUGGGGGAUGUGUGCAGCGUACAGAAGGGCGGGGGUGUGGGCGUCUCUCUCCCCCAGCUCAUGCGCUGCUGCCGCGUUGCUGCCUCUGUCGCUCAACACAUGAUCAAAACGCUAACGGAUAAGGUGGCAGCGCUGGCAGCCGAGAGGCAGAGGCGCAAGGUGAAGCGACACGCCUUCCCUGCUGCAGCUGCUAGUGCUGCAGCAGCGGGAUUGGACACUGCAGCAGUGGGGUCGAAUUCCGGGGUGAUUGGUGUGGCGGAAAUUGCCGCUGUUCAGAAGAAAGGAAGGGGCGUGCGGCAAGGGCAGGCGGGUGGGGAUGGUGGAGGGGGUGGGGUGAAGGACGAGAAGAUGGAGGAAGAUGGAGAGGAGGAGGAGGAGGAGGAGGAGGAGGAGGAGGAGGAGGAGGAGGAGGAGGAGGAGGAGGAGGGGGAGGAGGAGGAGGAGGGAUCAAGCGAUGGGGAGGAUGGUGAUGAGGAGGAAGAAGAGGAGGGCGGAGGGGACAAGGGGCGAGGAGGAGCAGCUGGAGGCGGUGUGGAUGCUCUAUUUGAAGGAGGCGUGUCGUCAUGGUGA